AAUUCCUCGGUAUAUUCCGAGGAAUUCAUUUUCCGUCGGAACGUCCGUCAGAAUACCGCUGUUUUCUUGUAGUGUCGGUUGAAGCUAGAUAAUGAUAUGCACAAAGGGGAACCGACUAUAUAUACCAGAUAAAUUAGAGGGUUAGAGAGAUAUAUUAGAGACGAUACGUACGGACCGUGGCGGAGCCAGAAAGUUUUUGUACCGGGGUCAAAUUUUUUUUAUCUCCAAAUACAUAAUUUAUAACCACGGAAAAACUAUAAAUAUACUAUAUGAUCAUUUAUAUCUUAAAACUUGUUUAUCAUAAUUAUUUACUACAAUUUAAAAUAAUUUUGAUAAAACAAAUCAUAAAAGUUUUAGAAACUCAUUACUGAUGCGAUAUUGUAAUAUUAUUUUUUGAUGAUUUUCAUUGGCUGAUAUUUUUUUGCCGAUUCAGAAACUGAUCGGGUCAAAUUUUUAUUUUUAAUGGGGUCAAUACAAAUUUUCUUAAAUAAAAAAAAUAUUUUUUAAAAAAGUAGUGGGGUCAGCUGACCCCACACCUCCUUCACUGCCUCCGCCCCUGCGUACGGUUUCAAGUUUCAACUCUUCUGUAUCAUGCCCUUUAAGAUGGCGGCAUUGGAUCAAGAGGCAGGUGAUCACGCACCUUCACACGUUGGCAAAACCAUCGGUCUUGUCUUGCUAUUGAAUUCCUUACCGUUUCUCUUUAUCGCAUGCAUAUUCUUUUAUAUCUUCUCUAAAUCUCCCAUCCGACUGGGAUAGUAAAAUUUCACCAUUUUACUGCGAUUUAUUAGGACUUACUUUUUCAAUUCACUUAACUUUGUGUCGGUGUAUCAUGUAUAUACAUCAUGUAGAAACUUAUGUUGUUUUUUCUCUUAACAUGAGUCUCCUUUAAUUUGUGUUCUUUUCUUUUCUUUUUUUUUUUUUGCCAUCUGAAAUUUCCAUUUAUCUUAAAAGUAUCACAACAAAAAGAUACAACACCAUAAAGGUCUAAACCCAACAUAAAGCCCAAACGUAUUAAACAGAAAGCCCAAAACACAAGGGCAAUUAAGCUCAAAAAAGAAAAUCCGAUCGGCGCCAUACGUUACCACGCAUCGGGAAAUUCACUUGGACGUACACGUGUUGAGCCCCUCGCCAUCAAGGGACACGCGUCACUAGGUCACCACAUCUUGACUCAAACUACGAGUCAUCACCGGAGAAAAACGAAACGAACACGUGUUUCACCGGAAUACACCGUAACCACCGCACACCGAACCCAUCGAACCACCGAGCGGAUGAAGAAAAACCAGAGACUACAACAUCUCCUCCUUCAUCGCUUUAGCACAUCAUCGGAGAGUUUCAUCGCCUAUCGAGAUCUCAUCCGAUUAUCAAGCCAUCAAACGUGAAGACAAGAGAACAUUCACCAAGCAUCCAUUCAAAGGAAACACCGCGACCAAUCUCUCCAAACUGAAAGACGUCGACGGAUCCUAAUCAUCAACCACCGGAGCUUUCGAGAAACAGAACCACAAGCAAAGAAACCCACUAGCUUCAAGCAUACACAACGAUGCCUAAGCUCCACCAACAGAGAUCGUCAUCGACCCAGUCGAGAUCUCCUCCGACUCCCAGAGAAUCAAAGCUAUAGACCCAUCGAUCGCAUCACAAAGGAAAAUAAAUUUUUAUUGUCGGCGGCGUAGAGCUUCGGAAGCCUCUACCUCCCCGAGAUCAAAAGCCGACGACGACGAAGCUGAAAUAGCCUCCGCCUCCCAGAAUCAAACAACCUGGUAGAGCACCAGAGAAAGCUUCGUCUCAUCUCAUCUCCGUUAAGAAACGAAGAGAGAAAAAGGAGAAGUCUCGGUCUCCAACCAAGUUUGCAAAACCUAUCUCAUCAUUUUUGUGUGUUCUUUUCUUUUUCUUAUGAUGACUGCUAUAAUUCGUAUUAUUUGUCCCGAAGAAGACAUAAACCAAAAUGCAAUCAUACCUCCCAUUUGUAUAACAUCUCACAUUUUUUAAAAAGUAUAUAAAAGUAUAUGUAAAUGGACAAAUAUAAAUAAAAUAUAACUUGUAAUUAUUAGUCACACGGCUUGAGCUGCCGACUGUGAAAUCAUGAGGGCGGUGUUAUAUUUGUUUUUGCAAAAUGGUUGACCGUUUUUCAGAAAAAAGAGAGAGGUUGACUGUUACACAUAAUGACAAGUCAACCAAGCCUAACCUUGAAAAUUUGGGGAUUGUAAACGAUCUAAUAAAUAUUUCAACAAAAAAAUAUUUUUUAAAUUUAGAAGUUUAUUUUUAUAUAACCUUUAAAAAAAAAAAAUUGAGAGUCAUAUUUUCAAUACUUGACUGGCCUAUACCCAUGAUCGGCCAUGCAGUCAACUCAUAUAAUAAAUAUAUAAAUGAUAAAAAAACAAACAAUGAUAUAUAUAUAUAUAUCAUAUGGUUGCUGAUGAUGUUUUUCUACAAAUCAAAACAUCCAUUCCAAAUUAUUAAAAUUUCUGCUAUCUACAUCUCAUUGGGUUUAUUUUAUAUAUUGCAAUGAGCAGUGACAUUACAAUCGAAACUAAUUAGGGCUCAUUAUUUGUUGAGUUCCUUGAGUAAGUAUUGGUCCAAAUCAUCAGUAAUUUUCGUAUUCAAUGAUUCAUAUGCCAUGAAAAUAAGUAAUCGUUUGGUGUAUAGUAUAACUGUAUAAUGAUUAAAGUUAUGCAUUUAGAUUAUUGUUUUAACUUUCAUUUAGAUUAUUGUUAUGAAUAAUAAUUAAUGAUAUUACUUUACUAUUCCCUCUAUUUUAGUUUAUUUGUUGUUAUAAAGUAAAAUUUUCAUUUUAAAAUAAGUUUAGAAUUCCAAUACAAAUUUUAUCAGCAAUAUUCUCCAAUUCAUUUUUUAUUUGUUGAAAUGUGGCCAAAUGUAUAGUUAAUAAUGUUUUUAUUUUAAAAUAUGUAAAAUUAAAUAUUUUUUUAAUCUAUAUACAUAAACUUAAACGAUAAUUAAAAUGAAACUGAGAAAGUAAUUAUUAUAAUUUAAUGUGCUAUUAACAAAAAAAAAAAAUAGAAUUUAAUAUGCACUUAUUAAUUACAUUUACAAAUAGUGGUUGGCCUAGAACUUAUUUGUUGAGGCAGAGUAUACUUUGAAACUAAAAUUCUCAUUUAAUAUCUGACAAAAACAAUACUCUUUAUGUUUCAUAAUAAGUGUCAUUUUAGGUUUUUUAUUUUGUUUUAAAAUAAGUGUCAUUCUACAAUUCUAAUGUAAUUUUGUACAUUAAAUCUACUUUUUAUCUUUUUGAAUAACCAAUAAUUUUUUUUAAAUCAUUUUUAUAUAAUUAAUCAUACAAUAAAUAGGAACAUACUAGUCAAUUGUAUAAAUUUUUUAAUGUAAAAAGUGUCAAAAUGACACUUAUUUAAAAAGAGAGGGAGUAAUAUUAAUAGAGUAGUUCAAGAAAGCAUUUUGAGGAAUCUGAUGAAAUUUGAUCUCUUGCACAUAUGCAUGCUUUUAUACCACAUAUAUAUGUAUCAAUUCUUUCGGAAAUUUGGAUCACUGGUAACACAAUAAUCAUUACUAUUGAUAACCACAUAUGUCACAAUGAAUUAUUGAAAUUACUUAGUCCUCAUUUUGAUAUACCAUGAGAGAUUCAGCGUUGAUGCAAGAUUUGUUCCUUUUUUAAUUUUUGAUUCAUAUUUGAUCUGUCUCAGUUCUAGUAAAUUAGCUGAAUAACUAUACCGAUUUGGCAUCUGGCUAGCGACAGCAUAACUAUUGGUAACCGUAAGAUCUUUUUUUAGAUCAAACCAAACAUUAAUUAAGUAGGAUAUUGGUAGAAUCUUUCACAUGUAAGUGAUUUCACAUGUAAUAAGUGUGUUCACAUGGGACAAGAAACUGACAAAAGGAACAAACUUUCCCACGUGAUUCAAUUCUUAGGGCUUCUCGUAAUGAUUAGGGUUAUGGGACAAGUUGUGAAGAAAUGUAUCUCGUCGAAUGGAUAUAUACAACGUGUUCAUGCGCAAACUCCCUCCAAACCCUAACACUAAAAGCCUUGGACUUGGACCGCUCAAAUAGUUUCAGUUAUACAAUAACAUAUAAAAGAGUUCAUUUAUCAGACCUUAUACUUACUUAAUGUGUCAUGGUAAUCAUUGUAGGUUAUAAGAUAAUAUAGUACUGGUAGGAUGUUUUUGCAGGUAACUAAAUUUUUAGAUUUAAUUAAAAAAUUCUGCCACCUUGCCCAUGCGUAUAUAGGGUAGUGUAAUUAGUUGUCUUGAAGGUUUCUUAUACACUCAACUUUUUUUUUAAUAAACUUACAUGGAAUGUUUUUUUUAGCGUGCUAUCAGGUCUACAAAAUAAAAAUAGUAGUGCCAAUAGAUAUUCAUAUAAAUUGUUCUUCUAGAAUCCAAAAUUACAAUAAUAGCUUUAUUAUAUAUAUUCAGAGUGGUAACUUGCAAUUUCAGCAGGAUCUAUGUGAAAAUAUUAUAUUGGACAUUUUGUGGGUUAAUUGUAACGUAUAAACUUGGAUUCGAUCAUGGAAAUUAGUAUUUUAAUCUUAUUUUAAUAUUCAACUUAUGGUAGGUAGCCCAAUGAGAGCUCACCAUUCACCUAUCCAAACCUAGUUAUAUUAGUAUAUAUCCCUGUUCGAAAACGCGGGUACUACGGGCGAUUAGUCGGCGAGGAGGCGCUCGGCGGUGCUUGGCCGUGGCGAAUUGGCUGUAGUCGGCCAAUAAAUCGGCAACAACAAUUUUUUUUUUUUUUUUGAGUUUUGAAUGCUUAAAUCUUGUAUUUUAUGACAGGUCUAUAGGUUUUAAGUAUAAAAACAUGAAAACACACUAAAAUCCGAUGAUAUGUGUGAUUGUAAGCGUUUUACGGCCAUGGAAAAGCUGUAAAAUCGAAAACCCUAAACACAGUUGGAGAAGAUGAAGACGAAAUGACGCUAGUACCCUUCAUUAAAGGCAAAUAAAAUAAAAAGAAAAAAAUCGUGUACCUCUAAGGUCGAACCCAGGUCCUUACGAUUAGCCAAGAUUAUGUUAACCACCAGACUACUUCAAAUAAUUGUCUAUUGUCAUGCAAACUUAUUAAUAAUUCAUAAUAUAUUUAUAAAAAUAAAAAAAAAUAUUUAAAACUAGGCCCCGAUUAAUCCCCGAUUACUCCCCGAUUAAUUGUUUAACUCGCUAGGCCCGUCUCGUCCGCCCGACUAGCGCCUAGCGUAGUUUCUAACAGGGGUAUAUAUACAUUAACUGACCUCAGAAGAAAAUAAAUUGAUGAAAUUAAGUUCAUUAUUUUAUGCAUUAGUACCGACCAUUAUAUUCUAGUAAUCAACCAGUGAACGCGAGACACCUUCGUACUAAAAGUUCACAGAACACACACAUUUUUAGUAUGUAGAGUGAAAGUGUGGAAUUACUUAAUAUAAUUUUAUUUCAAUAUCAAAUAGCUAAUGGACAAGAGGCGAAGCAGGACCAAAAAUAACACUUUUGGAUCACGGUCUUUACUUAUGCUUCACUUCUAUGCUUCGUUUCAACAACACACAAAAGCAAAAAAAAAAAAGGUAUGUACAUAAACAAAUCUUUCCAUUUUCCUUUCUGUUACUUUAUUUUGUAAUUCUUUAUUGCAGUUUUAUUAACUUAGACACCAAAUCUUUUCCCCGAAGUCCCUAACAUCAGCCGCAUAACCAUCCGAUAUUUGAUAAGCUCACCUAAACACAAAAUCUACCUAUAUUCUAAAUAGAACUUACCCAAUAUGUAUUUUAAAAAUAUAUCAUGUUAGUUGGUUACUUCAUUAGUUAAAUACUUCAAUGAUUACACAAUGUUGAUACAGUUAACAGGGGAAACCAUUUUUCAUUGUAAUUAUAUUUUCUUAGUUGAAUAAAAUGUUGGAAUGUAUAUUUAUUACAAUACUAGAAGAGAAUAUGUGCGGAGGUUUUUUUUUCUCGGUCGUUGAAACUCGGGAGACAUUUUUACAUAUGUUCAUUCCAUAAUGCGAUUUGAAUUAAAGAGAAUCAAACUUAUACAAAGGAAAGACAUAUAAUAUGAUCAUACUAGCGUUAUUAUUAAUUUAAAUAUCCACGGAUAAAUGUUAGACAUUCUAGAAGGAAAGUAUGCAAGAAAAACAUGUCUACGAAAUUCAUAAGUCGCACAUUUUUUGUAAGGGGUUUUUGGCAUCGUGGUUGGAAAUUAAAGUAUAACGAUAUGUUGUGUUCAAUCCAUACAUCGAUCGUAAAGUGUGGAGUAUACUUAUAAUUAAGAACUAUCUAGGCUCUAAAAAUAUGAGAAUAUUACAUAUAUAUAAGUUGUUUAACUGAAGCAAGUAACGGUAAUUCCAUGUCAAAUGACUUAUAAAACAUGGUUAAUUACAUACUCUACGAAUUCUAUGUUAACUCAAACUAGCAAAAUCCGUUUGUGUUAUAUGAAACACGUAUAUCAUAUUUUAAUUACACAUAAAUAUACAUGUAUAUAUUGUGUAAUUGUUAAUUUGACAAGGUAAAACAAAAUUAAUGAGGGUUUAAGCGAACGGAAAACGGGAUGGGACCCACGUGACCAACGCGCCUGCAACAGCAAAUCGUGACACUAAUGAUAGAGGACUCACUCACGCCGGACCAGCAGCCGCCACGUCAGCACAUCAUUCCGUUUUGUGGGUCCCGUGUUCCACUUAAACCCGCUCAAACUCCUAGCUGUGUUUAAUUUAAUUUUGUAUGGUCAGUCACUGAGUUGCAGUUUUACCCAGGAUCCGCUUCGGGUCUAACCCGAGAUCAACUAAGCUGACUAGUUUUACAGAAUUAUCUUAAAACAAAUUGCACAAUACAAACUCUAUAAGACAAUUCGUUUUUUUUUUUCAAUAUUCUCUCCUUUUUCUUUCUUAAUAAAAAUAAUAAGAGAUGAAAGUCUUUUAACUAUGUUAAAAGAUUUUCUGUUUUUAUGGGAUACAAAUGCAUGUUGUAAAAAGAACAAAGGAUAUAAUUGCACAUCCUUUCUCCCGUUUUGGGUUCAUCUUCGUGAAGUCGUGUAUUCUAUUAUUAAUAAAUGUGCCUAUGUCACUUUCCUUUUGAGUGUUAUGUAAUCCCCAAGAUAGAAAUCAAAUUGAUCACCUUUCAUUAUAAAAAUAAAUAAUAUCGUCUGAUACAUAGUCAUAUACAACGCGUUUUUCUUUUUCCAGUUGAAAAAUAAAUACUAUGAGAAAUUUUAUCAUGAAAUAGAAGACUUGAUAUUCCAUCGAUUAUAAAGCCACGGUGGUUCUAUUAUUUGUCAUUUAGGUGUUAUGAUCGGAAUUCAGUUAUAAGAAUAUGUGUUAUUUGUAAGAAAUGUAACUCUACCAAAAAUAUGUGUUACAUUUUUAUGUUUAAAAUUUAACCAUGUGAAUGUAAUUUCAGGGUCAUCAAGACUAGAGUUUCUCAUUGAAUGCAUCCUAUCUUGAUCAAUAUUUACAUAAUAUAUAUACACACAUAAUCAAUGAUUUGGCGUAUUUGUUGUAUACACAAACUUAUUAAAACUGGAUUGAAAAAUGAGUAAUCAAGGGUCAAAUUUUUGUUUAAAAAAGUUUCAACUUAAGACGGUCGAUAAUUCUUUAGGCUCAUAGUCGAUAAUUGGUUUAAAAUCAACAUUCUAUCCAAGCAGUUGAACAAAAACGGAAGUGUGUUAUGUGUUUUGUGUGCCGCAAGGUUCGAUAAUUACAGUACCUAUCGAAAAGAAAGAUAUCUGAAAAUUUUCUGAAUGUAUAGAUUUUUCGACGAAGAUCUUUUCGUAAACCUAUACCAUCGAACUAGCAAUAUCUUUUGAUUCAUAACUAUUUGAGUUGCUUUUAUUUAGGAUUUAAAACUAAACAUUCGUUUGGACAUAAAAGAAGUCCAAACUAUAAAGCGAAGAAAAUAAGCUGAUAAUGUGAGGACAAACAAAAAAGAACCUUAAUAUUGAUGAUCAAGCAUACACAUCAAGAGCUGGUGGGUGGUAAUUGAUGUUGCCACCUCUCUAUCUCUCUCUAAAUCUUACUUUACGCCCUUAUCCUCCUCUCUCUUCUCCCCCCGAAGCUUUUGCAACAAAUAAAGUAUCCUCUCUCUUUCUCUCUCUAGAUGCAAGAGGACUCAGAGAGAGAAAGUAUGAUUGAUGGGGAAAGAGAGAAAGAAGGUAAAAUACAAUAGAUUAUUAUUGGUACACGGUUGUCAUGUUUUGUUAUGUGUCUUGUGUACGCUCUUCUUCUUUUCUUCAUCCAUUGAUCUUCUUUAUUUAACCCUACUCUCUUCUCCUUUUCCCAUUCUUUCUAUCAUUUCUUUUCUCUCUCUCGGGAUCUGAUAUCUCUUUUCAGUAACCUAUUUCCGAGGAGCACUGUCAAAUCCUGUCCACUCUUCUUUCAGUAAUACUUCUCUCUUUGUGCUGGAGUGUUCCAACUUAUGAUGAGAAGGGCAUAAAAUAACUAAAAGUAUAAAGUUUUGUUAGAAGGUGUUCAAAAGUAUCCAGCUGAAUCAUCUUGAAUCUAGAGUUUCUUCAGAUUACUGAUCGAUCAAGAAGACAAAAAAGAUGAAUUCGUUUUCCCACGUCCCUCCGGGUUUUAGAUUUCACCCAACGGACGAAGAACUUGUAGACUACUACCUGAGAAAAAAAGUUGCAUCGAAGAGAAUAGAAAUUGAUUUCAUAAAAGACAUUGAUCUUUACAAGAUUGAACCGUGGGAUCUUCUAGAGUUGUGCAAAAUUGGACAUGAAGAGCAAAGUGAUUGGUACUUCUUUAGCCAUAAAGACAAGAAGUAUCCCACAGGGACUCGAACCAAUAGAGCAACCAAAGCAGGAUUUUGGAAAGCCACAGGAAGAGACAAGGCUAUAUACUUGAGGCAUAGUCUUAUUGGUAUGAGGAAAACACUUGUGUUCUACAUGGGGAGAGCCCCAAAUGGACAAAAAUCCGACUGGAUCAUGCACGAAUACCGCUUAGAAACCGAUGAAAAUGGAGCUCCUCAGGAAGAAGGAUGGGUUGUGUGUAGGGUUUUCAAGAAGAGGUUGCCCGCAGUUAUUAGACGAAUGGGAGAUUAUGACUCAUCGCCUUCACGUUGGUAUGACGAGCAGCUCUCUUUUAUGGCCUCUGAGCUCGAGACAAACGGUCCAAGACGGAUUGUCCCCAAUCAUCAUCAGCAGCAGCACCACCAGCCUUUUUCAUAUGGGAUCAAUGCAUCUGCUUACGCUCUCAACAACCCUAACUUGCAAUGCAAGCAAGAGCUAGAACUACAAUACAGCCACUUGCAGUCAAAUCAGGUGCAUGAGGAACAAAUGAAUCAAGGGAAUCAGAGUUUCAGCUCUCUAUACAUGAAUAGUGGGAACGGGCAAACGAUGGACCAGGUCACGGACUGGAGAUCCCUAGAUAAAUUUGUUGCGUCUCAGCUAAGCAACGAGGAGGCCGCCACAGCUUCUGCUUCUCUACAGAACAAUGGCAAAGACACAAGCAACGUGGAGUACCAAAUUGAUGAAGAAAAAGAUCAGAAAAGGGUUUCAGACAUGGGAGAAGAAUAUGUUGCUUCGACUUCUUCGAGUUGUCAGAUUGAUCUAUGGAAGUGAGCACAAAGAGAACCAUAUCAUAUAAAUGCAUAUAUACUUAUAUCGAUAUACGUAAACACGAAGACAAAUCAAGUGUAGAUGAUGAUGGUACAGAUUUAUAUUUUCUUUGAUUGAUUCUUACUACAUUAUUGAACUUAUAUGCAUAUAUACGUUGCGUAUGUAUGCAUACUUACUUGUACUCGAUACAUGAUUAACCAUAUAAACUCUAAUCUAAAUGUGUAUUUUUUUUAUAUACAAUUAUCUACAAUAUUUUUUUAUAA